AUGAACUUGACUCAAGAUCAAACUACUGCAAGUUUGCCAAAAGCUUAUAAUCCAUUUAUAGAAUGGUCCACAGAUGUUAGUCAAAAUCAAACUAUAGAAUUGUCUACAGACUUUGUUGAUAAUAAUCC